GCUGUCAGAAGUAGUAGGACGCAUGCCGACGAAGAGCAAUGGGUAAAAUGGAUUCGUUGUUGAAGAGCAAAUUUCGAGGCUCCUUGCUCGGCGUGUUGACGGGUGAUUGCCUCGGUUCUGCUUACGAAGGGGACGAAUUAUUUAGCGCUGGUAUGAAGCUGGUCAUUCAAAAGUCGUUCGACAAGCUGCAAGGGCCGUAUUUUAAAGCGCCUGUCAUUCAAUUCACUGAUGAUUCUGCGAUGACUCAAGCCGUUGCCGAAUCUCUGAUUGAGCACACAGGAUUCGACCAAACAGACAUGGCUAAGAAGUUUGUUAAGUCUUACUACCUGGAACCCAACCGAGGAUAUGGAGCCGGUGUAACGACAGUAUUUCAUAAGCUUCGAAACAACAAGUUCGUUGAUGUACUAGGGCCUGCGAGGGAGCAGUUCAACGGCGAAGGUUCUCUGGGUAACGGUGGGGCGAUGAGAGUCGCUCCAAUCGCACUUUUCUACUACAAGAAUCCUGAGCUAAUGGUUGAUACAGCCAGGAAACAGUCCCACAUCACUCAUACGCACAAAACUGGAGUCGACGGAGCAAUACUUCAGGCAAUCGCUAUUCAACAAACCCUCUUAUUAGAUCCUAAAGAAGAAUUGGAUUCCUGCAAGUUUACUGACAACUUGAUUAAUGAAAUGGACAAAAUUGAAAUUGAUGAAGAAGGAUUAGGUUUGGUUGACCCAUCUCCUUACAAAACUCAAUUGAAGUUACUGAGGGACCUACUCUGCGAAGGGGGGGAUGGGCCCCACGAUCAAAAAGUAGUUCAUCAGCUGGGAAAUGAUGUAUCGGCUCUUCAUUCUGUGCCUACAGCAAUUUAUUGCUUUCUUAGAGCUCAGAAACCCAUACCAGCCAUACAGACGGAAAAUCCACUGAGAAGAACAAUUCAAUAUGCUAUUAGUCUAGGCGGCGAUACGGAUACGAUCGGCAGCAUGGCUGGCGCUAUUGCGGGCGCCUUUUACGGGGAGGAGAUGAUUCGUCCAGAGAUUUUAAAACACUGCGAGGCUUCUAACAAGUUCAGGGAUCUCGCUGAUCAUCUCUUCCACCUGGCCACCGCUUAAGAAAUGAAUAAUAUUAAAUUCCACGGUACUCAAUCAACACGCCCGUUUGAUAUUAUAAUUUACUUUAUACGGGUUUUUGACUUCAAACCAACAAAUC